AUGUUAUCAUCCCUGGCAUUUUCACUACCGUUGCUACUUGCUGGCUUACAGGCCACAGUGGGGGCAAGCCCAUCCAUUUCGGCUGUCGGCUCCAAGUUCUUUUACGAGAAUGGAACCCAGUUCUACAUCAAGGGCAUUGCUUAUCAGCUUACCCCAAGUGACCCGCUUAUCGACACUGCCCAAUGCAAGCGGGAUAUCGCCCGGAUGUCCGAGCUGGGCACCAACGCGAUCCGUGUGUACCACGUGGAUCCUCAUGCUGAUCACAAGGGUUGUAUGUCGGCACUGGCUGAUGCUGGAAUCCAGUUGUUCGUCGAUUUGGACACUUUCAAUACCCAGAUUGAACAGACCGAGCCACACUGGAAUCAGACCCAGUUUGAUCAUUUCAAGGAGGUGCUCGAUGAAUUCCAAAAGUUCGACAAUACUGCCGGUGUCUUCGUCGGAAAUGAGGUACUCACCACGGCCAAUGGCUCGGCUGCUGCCCCUUACGUCUUGGCGGCUGCCCGCGACAUCAAGGCCUACCGUGAUCAGGAGGGUUAUCGUGAGAUUCCCGUGGGUUACUCCGCAGCCGAUAUUGCCGAUCUGAGACCCAUGCUGCAGAAUUAUAUGGCCUGUUCUAAGAAUGCAUCCGAGCGCUUGGACUUUUACUCGCUGAACGCCUACGAAUGGUGCGGUGCGUCCAGCUAUACACAGUCUGGAUACAAUAUUCUGCAGAAGAACGCAACUGAUUACCCCAUCCCUAUCUUCUUCUCCGAGACUGGCUGCAACACCCCGUCGCCCCGCACUUUUGAGGACCAGGCUGCCAUCUUUGGUGACAACAUGUCCGACACUUGGUCUGGAUCCAUGGUCUAUGAGUGGAUUGAAGAGACCAACGACUACGGGUUGAUCAGCUAUGGGCCUUCUGUGGAUGCUGCGACUGCGACCGCGAGCAGCAUCGAGGACGGCUUCACCCGCAAGGGCACCCCGACGCCCGUGUCGCCCGAUUUCAACAACCUCAAGUCUCAAUGGGCUACUCUGCACCCGACUGGAGUUGCCCUUUCCGCCUACAAGAAGAGCGCAUCUAGCCUCGCCGCCAUUGAGUGCCCUGCCUCGACCUCUGCAACCGGUAAGAACGACAAGGCCAGUAAGGUUACUGCAAACGGAGCUCCUUCUGCAUCGGCAACGAAGGAAGGCGGUGCUUAUGCUGUGACUGUCAGCUCGCCAGCUACCGAGCGCUUGCUCGCUGGAUCUUUACUGCUGUCUGGCCUGCUGGGUGUCGUUGCGAUCUGGCUUUGA